AUGUCGAUCACUGGUGGCCAGCUCAUCUCGUAUGGUAUCGGUGCCGCAUUCGCUAGCACGCAUGGAGGUUGGCGAUAUAUGGUGGGAGGCGGUGCGAUCCCCGCGAUCGUGCUAUGUGCCCUCCUACCGUUCUGUCCCGAGUCGCCCCGCCAACUCAUCUAUCACGGCAAAGAAGAUAAGGCGAAGGAUGUUAUUCGCAAGAUUUACCCCAAUGGUACCGAAGAACAGGUCAACCAGAAAUGCGAGCACAUCAGGAUACACAUCGAGAUUUCUAAGCAGAUGACUGCGGGCAAGAGUCAAUGGUGGGUGUUCAAGCAACUCUACGUUGUCCCAGCAAACUUCCGCGCUUUGGUCUCGGCAUGCGGUCUUAUGGCCAUCUCUCAGCUCGGAGGGUUCAACUCAUUGAUGUACUAUUCCUCGACGCUUUUUGCACUUGUUGGCUUCUCUAACCCAGUAGCUGUGGGUACUGUCAUUGCUGGGACCAACUUCUUCUUUACUUGGGUCAAUCUCAUGCUUGUCGACCGUGUUGGACGUCGCCGAAUCCUCCUCCUCACCAUGCCAUUCAUGGGUCUGGCUCUCAUCCUUGCUGCCAUUGCGUUCCACUGGAUCCCGGUCAACCACGACUUGACUCUCAAGGCUGGUGUCAGUGUCGGCAUCCCAGCGAAGUUAGUUCUCGUCUGCAUGGUCAUCUAUGUCGGCUUUUACUCCUCCGGUAUGGGAAACACCGCAUGGCUCAGCUCCGAGUUCUUCCCGAUGGAGGUUCGAGCCGUGGGAACGAUGAUGUUAACCAUGACGUGCUGGGGCUCCAAUAUCAUUGUGGCCAGUACGUUCCUUACCCAAAUGGAGAACACCACGCCUUCCGGCGCCUUCGGAUUCUACGCCGCGAUCUGCAUCUUGGGCUGUUUCCCAUGCGUUUACUUCUGCUACCCGGAGGUCAAGGGCAUGACUCUUGAAGACAUAAGAGAGAUCUUUUCCCAUGGGUUUGGCGUUCAGAAGGCGCGAGAGCUGCANAAGGCACAGAAGCAAAUGCCUAGCUAUGGACCAGAUGGGAAUGAGUUAGUCUAG